AUGACAGUGGCUGUUCUAGCAACAAUAGUAUCUGUGUACAUACCUCGAAGGUAAGAUAUCAUUUUAACAUCAGCAUUUUUUUCUUCCCAACAGCACGUGCUCUCGUUGGUUGCUUCGCACGAGGUUACCUCACCUCUCACCAUAAAACUGUUUCCCUCCAAAAGUCCCUCAACGGGAGCCAUUGCAAAAACUAUGACGUGAAAGGCUACAGUACGUUGUUACUCACGAAUGUUGACGUAGAACAGGCUACGUUCUUAGCGGCACUUAACAAAUAUUCUCUCUUGUUUUCGACCGGCUGAAAAUUUUGACUGGACACUUGGUUCAUUAGAAACCGUUCAAUAUUUUUGCUCUGUUCACACGGAAUUGACGAACCAUGUUAAAUUGUCAGUGGUUUACCAUCUGCCAUAAGAGGCGCUCUACUUUAGCAAUCCAAAAUGGUGUUUUCAGCUGAGAUACCGCGAGAUCAAAAUUCAUGUAACCACGCCUUUGCCCUACAAAAAAUUAGACCGUUAUGGAGUACAAACCACCCAGGUCAAAUUUUCAAAAAGGCAAUCCUUGGACACAAUAAAAACACCAUUUAAAUCAUUUAUAUUUCAUAUUUUUUGAUAGCAGAUAUUACGCUUUUCCUGAUGAAUCGUCAAGGAAUAAGCUGCUCAAUUUGCAGAUGCCUUUGGCACAGGGAAAAGACGGCAAAUCGUUCCUAAACUUCGGUAAGACUGCAUUUGGAGUGUUGAUAAACGUUCAGAGGGUAUAUUUUCGGGUAAAAUAGCCGGUGACAGGUAUAUGCCUGGGUAGUAAUAGAAAAAUACGAUAGAGGGAUUUCUAUAUGAUCGCUAUAGUUAAUGGGUCUUUAUGGAUGUUAGGUAAAAAGUGGUGGUGGGGGGAUAAAGAUUGUUUGGCCAUGAGUUCCAGUGAUAGCGUAAUAUAGAUGAGAUCGGAAUUAUAGAAUCGUCAAUACUCCAGGCCACGUACAAAAUUAGUAGUAUAGUGGGGAUGAAAUAAACCUUUUUUUUAAAGAGAAAUCUCUUUAGUGAAAAGUGGAAUACAUUAACUUCGAUGGCGUCAAAGCCAAUUCUCUUUAUAAUGCGGUUAAAUCUCAUUUCUAGGGGUUUGACGGAUUUGACAGGUUUUCUAGUUAUAUUUAGGUCGAGAAUAGGUUUGUCUUUGAUUGAUUGACUCAAACCUAAGAGGGUUGAUUCAUUUGUCGAAGAUUAAAUUCUCACUCGGCUGUGACUCAAAGUAACUGAGCCGUAACGUAAUUAUGCAAGUUGCAUCUUCUACCGCUUUCAAUGUCCAACAAAUCGUUCCAAUUGCACCUUGGUGAUUCACGGCGCGGAAAUCAUGCAUAUUAUUAGUUUCAUGUUUUCUGCGGUCUCUACUCUCUUCGAAAUCUGCCCGAGAGACUUGUGUUUGAAAUUGAAGCUAACACAUAACUUAUUUUUUAACAGCAACACCUUGUUCGAAACAAAAUGAAACUUGAUUUGUGUACAAUUUUGAAGCUUUCAUUUCCGAACGUUCGAUUUUGUUCGAUUGGCAAAAGUUUUGGGUGAGUUCGAUCAUCUUCGAUCACGGAACCCAAUCAAAGUCAAUCGAACGAUUGGUUUUCGAUUAGGUUCGAUUGCCAAACGUUCGAUUGACUACGCCAGGAUUUAUACACGCGUACUCGUCGAAUACGAUAUAAAAGGUAAAUAUCCUGAAAAAUACUCGAACGUUAAUAAAGUAAAAAGUGAUAAACGUUAAGCGAGGAAAUCCUGUUUCGUGUAGAAUCGCCUCCUCAUUUCUUAUCUAAUCUCCAAGCAAGCGAGACUUAUUAUAUCUUUGUUUAAGAGCGUUCUUGUUUUAGCAUCAAACACAAUUUGUUAUUUACUUCACUCCCCGCCCUGCUCCUCUUCAAUUCAAUUAUUUCCCUACUCCUCAAAUUGUUAUUUGCUCUCCCGGCGUCCUCAAGCUAUAAUCUCCAUAGUUGCUUGACUUGUAGAAGUCCAAUACGGUAAAUACCUCUAAUACUCAUAAUAACAAAAGAUUGAGACGAUAGUUUCUGUCAAAAGUAACGCCCGUAAACUUUCCCUCAAAAUUUAGCCAGACGGUAUGGGCAAAUAAUGUGUUUUCCUUUUCUUUAGCAAUACCAAGCUUAUUUAAGAGCGUGUGAAAUCACUGCAGAUUCUUGUAGUCUGACGAUUGGCUCACAGCAGUGCGAUUGAUUCACACAUCACACUUUUCUGCAUUUAUCGUAUCAUUUCUGUCCGUAAUUGCAUUAUUUCUGUUUUGCCUACAAAAUAAGACGAGAAGGUAAUGCGGUCGUUUUUUGGUUGUUUGUUCGUUUUGUUUUUUAACUUCGUGUCGUGCAGCAGGCCAUUUUCGAUGUAUUUGGAUUCAUACUUGGCAUGGAGGCUUCAAGGAAUAAAACAAAAGAAGCGAUAUUAUUCAUUAUUGAGCGUUAAGAUGACUUUUUUUGUUUUAUUCUCCUAGGCCUCAGAACCAAGUAUGAAUUUCAGUAUAAAUCAAAAUUGGUCUGUUUUUCUUUGAAAUCACACCUUGUGGUUCCAGAUAGAAGUCUUGCACCGCGCUCGUUCGAAGACCAAGUUAGGUUCCUCUUAUUUCAGUUACUAUUCCGCAUGUACGCCUGGUUUUUUCCUUUUCUUUAGGAAUUCGAAAGGUACUUGUGUGGACAGUUCGUCCCACAAGUAGCCAUUGAUUAAGACUGUUCACCCUAUACAGUGCCGGCACGAAAACCAUAGCGGCUAGGGUUCCUGUUCACACAAUAACGUUGUUUUCGCCGCGAUUUCUGUAACGGAGCCAAGCUGCGCCACGCCGAUCUUUAAAGUGGAGAGUCCCAUAUCGGAUAGGUGUUGAUCAGUAUAUCAGACAGCUUCUCGAGUCGGUACGAAAAGUUAUCCAGUAUAGUGAUCCUCUCUUGUGUGAACAUACCCUGAGAGAAGAUUAAACCACUGCCCAGUUAACUUAACGUCUUUAGCAUGGUUCAAAAGGGUCUUCCGUUGUUAUUUAGCACUGGUUUCCUUCCUAACAAAAUAGAGUUAAAACGUCAAAGACCUCGCCAACAAGUAGACAACAAAGCUGCAUUGUGUAUUUAACAAAUAGAUCCCAUCUGGCCAAGUGUCUGUUCAAUAAUAUAAUAGUUCACAGAUGACGACAAAGUGAGCGAGGAACAGAAAAGUUGCUCACAAGCUGCCCGCGAGUGUGUUUGAUACUCAUGUUCUUCCACUGAAAUUUUGACUUCUUCUAUAAUCUAUUACUAAACAGACGCGCAGCAAAAUGGAAUCUGUUUGUCUUAUACAAUGAAGAGAAGAGAAGACAAACUUACCACGUAACGCUGGACUGCUGCGAAUUUUUCCAGUUAAGAAAUUUUCAUGCUGCUAUAAGAACAUUUUUGUGUCGGUGUCUUUCUUUGGAGGAGAAAAAAUGGAAUUUGCCCGUCACCUAACAGACAUCAUCCGGCCAUGUUUCUUUACUCAAGUCAUGGCCAACGACCAAUCACAGUGCGCAAGGGUAUUAGGGAGGUUAAGCAACGAGGAAGGCGACGUCAACGAGGAACGGCAAAACAGUAAUAAGUUUAGAUCAGCAAAACAAAAGUUCUGUACACUUUUCUGUACAUUUCUUUGCCGUCACUGCACGACUACGACGUGAAAAUGCCUAUUUUCACGCUUUGUGGAGGACGUGAACACAACAGAAUGGCUUUCUUUUUUUUUUCCUGAACUUCGAUACAGUAUUUUAGAAUUCAACUCCACAAAAAAAUUGCCAAAAUUUGACGAAUUUAACGAGAUGGAAUAAGAGGGAAAAAGUUUGAAGCGUCGCCGUCCUUGUUGCUUACGCUCCCUACUAUCAUAUUCAGUACACUGUAUACACUGUCUUAAAACAUGGCUCUCCACCAAUGUGCGUUCGAAAAAUCGCUCAUUUGUUAAGUAAUUAAGUGUUAAAAUUAGAAGACUGUUUGCUUUUAUUUUAAGGGGUGGAUGGGGCUUCAAGUUUUCCGCAAGUGCAAGUUAUUCAGAAUCCGUGGCACAAAUGUCGUCAGGAGAGUUCUUGUACAUAAUUUCCCAAGCGCAGUGCCACUAUUACUUCAGCAAAGUGGACCUCACCGAUCCACCGCCAUUUCAACCAGGUUUUGUGCGCUGGGCAAAGAGACUAGCUAAACCAGAUGCUAACAAAAAUGAUGUUAUUCAGAUCAUUAAAUACUACGGAACUCAUUUCGUGACGGAGGUAACAUUCGGAGCAAGAUUCACGAAAAACCACAAAGUCAGUCAGACAAAAUACGAAGAGCUCAGAAGCAAGAAAUUCAGCGUUGAGGCACAAGCCAGCUAUUCAGGGGCCUUGAGUGUUGGAGGGGGUUUUUCAAUGGAUAAAGACCAAAGAUCUGCGGCUUCCAAUUUUCAGAAGUCAGUACAAACAAGCACCACCACUGUAGGCGCAGCCCCUCCUAGUAACGGUGAUGCCUUGAUAUGGGCCUCCUCUGUCCAGGAGAAUCCAGUGCCAAUAACAUACUCCCUGUCAGCCAUUCACAACCUGUUUACUGAAAGAUAUUCCAAGCAUCUUCCUGGGCUUAACAUAGGCGUUGUGCGAGAGAAGCUGAUUAAUGCAUCCACGAAUUACUACCAGGCUUUGAAAGACGAGGGACUGGUAGAUUCGUGCGAUGACAGCAUCAAUCUAGGAACUUUCCUGCAAGGUGUCGGAGUACGUCAAUUUGGUAAAUGUUAUUGGAUUUUCUUAAAAAUAUCUAAAGGUCUAAACUUCCACAUCACACUACUACUCUAAGGUCAAAGUUACUACAUCAUAACGAAUCGACAAUACCCCACUUAAAACAGACAUAUAUCAGGCUUGGCGAUUAUGAAUUAUUUUUCUUCCCUUACAGACAAGAAUUACGUUUCCAUAAUUGUUCAAGUCUCAUCGCACGAUGUGUUAACAAAAUCGGCGCCAGUAAAACUUUCCUAUGUGAACUUCUCUGUUUCAAAAAAUGGCCUUUUUUCUUUCAGGCUAAAGACUUUUGCGGGAAGUAGAUGAGACUGAUUGUAGAGCUAUUUGCCUUCUGGAGGCGGAUUGUGUAGCAAUUGAGGUAUUCAACGGUGGAGGUCAAUUUGCGUGGAGAGGAUGCAAGCUACUUGAUUCUAAAGGAAAGUACAGUACAGAUGAUUCCAAAUGGUCCAAGACUGUGGUCUUUCUACCGAAACUGCAACGAGAAAGGAAAAAUUUUACUUCGUCUCAGCUCAAAGUCAAAGCAAAUCAGCCACGUCGUGGUAGUACACAGUGUGCUUCCUCUUGUUCAAAAGAUGCUUUUUGCCAAGCCUUUGUGAUAUGUAAACGUGAGCAAGGAAGUUGGUGUGAGAACGCCAAGGGCAACUGCCUGUUGUAUUCCAAACAGCAGAUAACAGCUGUUGAGAAAGAUAUGCAUUCCGAGCUGCAUUUUGAGUGGAAAGAUUACACUAAAGUUACAGAGGCAAAAUAA